AUGACGUCGUCUAGCAACCCUUCAACUCUAUCCCAUAGCCGGGCUAUCCCAUUCGCGAGUCGGCUCAGCGAACAACUGUCGCAGCGGACCGGGCAAACCAGUUCAGGCACCGAUCCCGACCAUGCCGGCGACAGAAACACACCUACACUUGGGCCUCCAUUGCGUCCUUCACCGAAUACUCGCUCGCUGAGCGAUGCGGGAAAACCAGUUUCCGCCAUGCCGAUCAAUCACGAUGAUUCCCGCCCGCCCAGCAAAGAUGACUCCUCCCUCUCCUCCACCCCCGAAACGCCCCAGCGGCCGUCCAUGCAGAGUCUCUCGUUGAACCUCUCUGCCAGAUCCUCCGGACCUUUAUCCUUAUCCAAUCGUGCCCCGCUUUCCCCGAAGCUUGAUUCCUCGGCCAUCUACGGCUCGCCGGGCUCCGUGCUGCCCCGUCGUUCCCGAGGCCUGGACUUCUCGCGAGCUUGCACCAAUCUCCAUCACUCGACCCUUGCAGAAGCGUCCCCGGACUCCUCCCCGACUGUUGGCGGGCGCGGUGUAAAUAUCCCGCAGCGGCGCGGCUCGCCAGCUUCAGUCUCUGGCCUCCAGUUCUCCACCUCGAACCCCGCCGACAAGGCCACAAUCUCGAGCUCGGUAUCCAGCGUCAACAUGAUGGAAUCCGAUACAAGCAGUAGUGAGGAGGAUGACGAACCCAUGAUUGGCGACCGCGACGAUAUGAUGAUCACCAAUACACCCCAGGCGAAGCGGUUGGGAGGUGGAUUGAGUCCGUUUGCUGUAGGGAACGUCUCCAGCCCGGGAAAUGAGUGGAUGGGCGGCUAUUCGCAAGCAGCCGCGAGUCUUAUGAGCUUCCAGCGGGCCCGUUUCCGUAAGGGACGAAGCAGGCACAGCUCUAGCAGUGCUAGUGGCAGUUCCAAGCAGAGUCCGGGUCCUCUCUCACCACCCGUGAUGAAGAGUAUCGAAGGCCAAAAUGGGGGCUACUUUGGCGCAGGUGCCCGACGGGCUAGUCUCAGCAUGGGUACGCGGGAUUUGCGCCUUUCAGAUGUCAGCGACGAGGGUGAGAACCGCGGUGCGCGUGGGCAGAGCCCAAGCACGUCGAACUCCGAGGGCGGGCCUUUGGGGGUGAUUCGACGGGCCGUUACCCGUCGUGGGAGCUUACUCCCAAAAACGAAAACCUUUGCGCGUAUCCGGGCGGCAUUAAUGGAGGAGUCUGCUCCAAUUGAUAGCGAGGCCAAGCGAGAAGCGGAAGUUAUUCGACAAGUCAAAGAGAAUGAACCUGACGUUGAAGCGAAAUCGCCGCUGGGGGAUUUGUCGGCUCUUGACACGUCCACUCCUGUUGCUCACGGGCAAACCCCAGAGGAAAUCCCUCCAAAGGCCGGAUUGACGACACCGGACGAACCAAAAUUCAUCGACCAGGCCAACCGAAAUUCGGGAGGAGUCGAGUUCUGGAAUUCGUUCGACGAGCGCUACCGCACGCCGCCCCCACCCCAACGCCGACAUGGAGCUUCAUCGGUUUCGGAAGAUGACCUUGCUAUGGACAUCACACCAUCUACCACUGUAGGAUCGACUACAGAAUUUGCUAAACCGAGCGAACGACCCGGCUCGCGCAGUGAAGCAUCUCAAGGCGCCCCGGCUGGGUUUGUUGGCGAGUUCAGGAGGAAACGCCGUCGGGAUGAUGAUUUCGAUCCGAACCUCUUCAAGCGGCGAGCGGUAUCGCCAAGCAUGAGCGCACAGAGUAGCCCGGUCAUGCCUAAUUCACCGGUGGUCAAAGACACGAGUCCCAGCAUCUGGGGGCCACCAAGGUCGAACCUUGGCUCGCUGUUCCCCGACCGGCCUGUCACCGAAAAUGGACCUCGCAAUGGUAACAACCAUACCGGAACCCUGAAACGAGUAGGACUGCAUGGGAUGAAUGAAACCAGCGAUGGCUUCAUGAACAUGAGCAUUGAGUAG